UCGACCGUCAGUGACGCCGAAGCCAGCAAUUGUGGUGUGUGUGUGUGCUGCUGCUGCUCUGCAGGGUCGUUUCCCUAUUUAAAAUAUAACGCAAGCUCACCGACGGAGAUUCAGUAACGAUGGCUGAAGGCGACAACAAAAGCGCAAAUAUGCUAGCUCAGGAAACGGCCCAGCUGGAGGAGCAGCUGCAGGGCUGGGGUGAAGUGAUCCUGGCUGGGGAUCGUGUCCUGCGCUGGGAGAAACCUUGGUUCCCUGGAGCCCUGUUGGGUGCUACCACAGUGCUCUUCCUCCUAAUUUACUACCUGGACCCAUCAGUGCUGACUGGGCUCUCCUGCGCUGUCAUGCUGCUCUGCCUAGCAGACUACCUGGUGCCUACCCUCGCACCCAGAGUCUUCGGCUCCAAUAAGUGGACCACCGAGCAGCAGCAGCGUUUCCAUGAGAUCUGCGGCAACCUGGUGAAGACCCAGCGUCGGAUGGUGGGCUGGUGGAAGCGUCUCUGCGCCCUCAAAGAGGAGAAGCCCAAAAUGUACUUUGCCUCAGUGAUUAGCAGCUUGCUGGCAGUGGCCUGGAUUGGACAGCAGGUGCACAACCUGUUCCUCACCUAUCUGAUUGUGAGCUUCCUGCUUCUGCUGCCUGGACUGAACCAGCACGGCGUCAUCACCAAGUACGCUUCCAUGGCCAAGAGGGAGAUCAACAAACUGCUCAAACAGAAGGAGAAGAAGAAUGAGUAGAUGAUGUGUGGAGGUGAAUCUCUGAAGAUGAACCAUGAUGCAAAAUGGAAGGUGGAAGGAAGUUGUUUGAAGAAAAGACAGAGGGGAGCACAAAAGUUAAAAAAAAGAGCCUUCUGCUUCCUCGGUCUCUGCCCCAGAGCAAGACACAUUUUUUUUUUUUUCCACACAUUUGAUAAGUUUCAUUUCUCUCUCCACAUUUUGACAUUUGAACUUUGUCACCCAUUUGAUUUUUUUUUUUUUCUUUUGAAUUUAUCUGCCAUGCAUGCAGCCACGAUAUGAAGGUUCUGAUAUUGUCACAUGUUCACACAAAGCACUGAAAUGCUCAACCACACACAUACACCUGCAAUGUACACAUAGUUGAAAUCUUCCUUCUGUUUCUUAGGUUAAGUGUGCUUCAUUUUAAGAUGUCAGUAAUGCUUUUAAGCCAUUCCCUCUACAUAGACAAAGUGACUACUGAGCAGUUUUUGUAGCAUUACUGCAUCAUUUUAACCUCUCACAGAUUCCACAGUAUUUUCUUUUCAGGACAGUUUUUGUCACAUUAGGAAAGGUCAUGUAAAUUUUACUUUUUUUGCUUAUUCCGCUUUGGUUGUAUUUAAAAAUAACGCUGAAACAAAACUGGAUUUAAAGCAGAGCUCGUCAGGGGCGCAACUGUUUCUAGAUACAAGCCUACUGCUGUACUGCUGCUAGCUGGACUCUGUGGUCUAUUAGCUCUUCUAUAAAACCCCACAGUGUGUUACUGGUGUGGGAUGUCUCUGUGUAAAUAGGCCUCCGUCUCUGUCUGUUCUGUUUUCUCUUGUUAUUUAUAUGUUCUUUCCUCCUCGAUCUCAUCAUUUCUGGUUUGAUUACUGUCAUUUCAUUUUUUGUCUUUAUUGGAAUUCUUUAAGAAUGAAUAAAGUUUGAUUUAAAUGAA